AUGGCUUAUGACUUAUAUAUGCCUGAGUGGUACAACUUUACCACUGCACAAGCAGGCUUAUAUGACCCUUCUGGCCAUGUUAGCGCUGAUGAUGGUAUUGGUGAAUGGAUUGGUGCACCGGCUUCAGGUCCAGCCAUUGACGAAGAUGGUUUCAUGACCUUCAAGAAUAUCAAGAGUUAUAUUCAGCGAUGUGGGGCUGGUGUGAGAUAUAAUGCAACAUAUGUAGUCAAAUAUUUCUCGGUUGGAUGGACUUGGUUUGGCUUUGAUGAUGCUGAGGUGGUCAAAAUAAAGGUUGCUUAUGCCAAACAGAAGAAACUUCUUGGUUACUCUAAUUUUAAUGGCAAUGUUCCUGAUCUGCAAGUCUUUAGUUUGGCUGAGAUUGAGCAGCUACAGGGUGAAUUACCAAAUGAACAAGAAAUAGCAGUGAAAAAGCUCUCAAAAACAUCUACACAAGGAUUUGAAGAAUUCGAGAAUGAGGUUGUACUUACUGCAAAACUACAACAUGAAAAUCUUGUUCGACUUUUGGGAUUCUGCACUGAAAGGAAUGAGCAGAUGCUGAUCUACGAAUACAUGCCCAACAAAAGCUUGGACUUCUACCUCUUUGACCCCAGCAAAUCGUAUAUACUGGAUUGGAGAAGACGUAUCGGCAUCAUUGAAGGGAUAACUCAGGGGCUUCUGUAUCUCCAAGAAUACUCAAGAAUGACGAUUAUUCACCGAGACAUAAAAGCUAGCAACAUUUUACUGGAUGAAGAGAUGAAGCCUAAGAUAUUAGAUUUUGGCAUGGCUAGAACUUUCAUGAAACACGAACAUGAAGCAAAUACAGACCGGAUUGUUGGAACAUAUGGUUAUGUUCCUCCAGAAUAUGUUAAAAAAGGUGUCUACUCCACAAAAUCUGAUGUUUAUAGCUUUGGAGUCUUGCUUCUACAAAUCAUUAGUGGAAAGAGAAAUGCCUAUUAUUAUGGUUUAGAUGAAAGCCUAAACCUCCUAGAAUAUGCAUAUGAGCUGUGGAAAGAAGACAAAGGCAUGGAGUUUAUGGAUCCAAGUCUGGAUGAUAAUACACUUUGGUCUUGGAAAUUAAUUAGAUGCAUCCAAAUUGCUCUUUUAUGCGUCCAGGAAACUGCAAAAGAUAGGCCAUCCAUGUUGGAAGUUUCCUCAAUGCUAAAAAAUGAAUCUGCAGCUCUAACAAUUCCCAAAAAGCCAGCUUUUUCAAGAAAAACAGAUGAAGAUCAGGAGGAAGAUAAGCCCAUAUUGAAGCAAGAAAUUUGUUCUGAUAAUAAUGCUACAAUCUCAGAACUGGUAGCCAGAUGA